AUAGUAAAUCAUACAACAAUGUCACAACGUAUCGCAGAUCUCAUUUCCAAAAUUGCCGUUCCCGUAGGGUUAACCUUCUUCCUUGGGCAAUCGGCCAUCUACGACGUUCCCGGUGGGAAAAGAGCCGUUAUUUUCGAUAGAUUAAGUGGGGUGAAGACGGAUGUCAUUGGAGAAGGGACCCAUUUCUUGAUUCCCUGGUUACAAAAAGCGGUUAUAUUUGAUGUGCGUACCAAACCAAAGACUAUCAGUACCACUACUGGUUCCAAGGAUUUGCAAAAUGUCUCCUUGACUUUGAGAGUGUUGACCAGACCCGAAGUGCGUCAAUUGCCAAAGAUUUACCAGAGCUUGGGGUUGGAUUACGACGAAAGAGUCUUGCCUGCCAUCGGUAACGAAAUUUUAAAGAGUAUCGUGGCCCAAUUCGAUGCCGCUGAGUUGAUCACCCAAAGAGAAGUUGUCUCUGCAAGAAUUAGACAAGAAUUGUCGAGAAGAGCCAAUGAGUUCAAUAUUCAAUUGGAAGAUGUCUCAAUUACUCACAUGACCUUUGGUAGAGAGUUCACAAAGGCCGUUGAACAAAAGCAAAUUGCUCAACAAGAUGCCGAAAGAUCCAAGUACUUGGUUGAAAAGGCCGAACAAGAAAAGAAGGCUGCUAUUAUUAGAGCUGAAGGUGAAGCCGAGUCAGCCGAUGCAGUUUCUAAGGCAUUGGCCAAGUCCGGUGAUGGUUUAUUGAUGAUUAGAAGAUUGGAAGCAUCUAAGCAAAUUGCCGAAACAUUGGCCCGUUCUCCAAACAUCACCUAUUUACCAAAUGGUAAAGGUGGAGAUGGCGAAGAAGGAUCCAAGAAUUCCUUAUUGUUAAACAUUGGUCGUUAAACGAAUGCAACAUAAAAAUUGUAAAUAGUUAAUAAAUGCACAAACGUAUAUAUAUAUACAAGCUUUCUAUAUGUCAAGAACAACUAGUUCAUCAUCUAUACCUGGAGUGGUGCAUUUCCCACUACUAAUCAAUGCUUCGAUAUCUGCGACUUCCUUAACACAUCCACUGGUUAAAUUAAGAAUGUCGGCGCCAGUGUGACCUACAACAAUGUCAUCUUCGACUCUCACACCAAUCCCGCGGAAUGCUUUUGGCCAUCUAUCAUUUUCCGGAAUGUACAACCCUGGUUCAAUAGUAAUGACAUUUCCAGCCACCAAGGACUUGUAUUUCGAACAAGUUGGGACAUCAUGAAGGUCCAAUCCUAAAUGAUGGCCAAUAUAAUGAGGAUAAAGGUAACGGGUCACUUCGGUAGUAUUGACAAUGAAUCCAGUAAUAUUAUUCAAUUCUUGCGUCAAUUGUCUCACGGCAAAUUCUUGAAGAUCAUGCAUUGAAUAACCAAAUGAUUGGGCACACAACUCAAUACAUGCCUUGUUAGUGUUCAAUACUGCCUCAUAAAUGUCUCUUUGCGGAUCAGUGAACCCCUGGGGUGAGUUGGGCCAAGUACGGGAAAUGUCGGCAUUGUAACCGCCUACUUUCCCGGCUGCGUCGAUAAACACCAUUUCAUCCUUGUAUAAUAAAUCAUCAUUUCUGGUAUAGUGAAUUGUCAAUGCAUUUCUUCCACUGGCAAUAACCGGGAUAUAAGCUUGUUUAUCACAACCACCUUUCACAAAUUGAUAUUCCAAGAACUUGGCCAAUGUGCGUUCACUAAGAAUAGGCAGAUCCGAGCCAACUUUAGCCAUAGCCUUGUUGAUGGCCCGGCUCGAGAUUUUAGCAGCAGCAUGCAUGACUUUAAUUUCCGCAGGGGAUUUGAUAGCUCGUAACUCUGCAAGCUUGGGUGAUAAAGGCAGGAUUCUCUUGUUACUUUUCGAAAUGACUCCGUUUAAAUCAGAUGUACCGAGAAUGCUAAAGAACAGCUUAAUUGGUUCCUCUUCCUUCGAGGCAAACUUAUUAUCAUAAUAAAUAAGAUCAGCAUCGUGGAUCAAAUUCUUCAAGUAUAAUGGAGCCCGCGAGAUAUCCUCCACCAAAUCAGCAUUAAAAUAUUCGACAGCACCUUCCAAUCCCAGCUUGGGUCCCUCCCAUAGCUCCUUGGCUGGAUUACGCGGAGGCACCAACAUAUGCAAGUACACAUCAUCCUCGUCAUUCUCACCGCGCUUCUCAAUCACGGCAAUGGCGUCGGGCUCAUUCCACCCAGUCAAGUAAAACAAAUCAUUAUCCUGUUGGAAAUCGUAAAACACACUCCCAGAAGCAAAUUGAACAGUAUUUCCCACAAUGAUAGCCACCGAUUUAGCAGGCAUUUGUCGAGAAAGUUGGAGUCUUCGCUCGUAGUACUCUUGGGCCAGUAUCCCGGGCGUUAGGAAGCCAGGGGUGGGGAGAUAAUGAGGUCUUGUUUCAUGGAGCGGUUGCCCAGCACGGAGGACGGAUUGGUGGGGUGGACGUGUUUGGAUGUUUAUGAACCUUCUGAAUAUCGACGGAGCUUUGGUCUUGAUCAUUGCUGUAGUGUAAGUGAAGACCAUCAGAUCGCGGACUUCUUCUUCCAAUUGGUGAAAAAAGGAAACUGGAUCCGAUAAAAAAUUGCACCAACAAUUAGUGAAUAUUAAUUAUUGUAAUCACCGUAUGACAUAGCUUGAAUAUGGUUCAAACUUACUGUAGAGACAAUCCGACUCCUGCUAGCAAAGGAAAGUGGAAAUCAACGUCGUCACAUGGUAGCACCGAGUUUUACUUAGCCUUCCCCCCUCCGGUAGUUGUCUCGGGAAUACUUAUAAUGUUGCUAUGAUCUCGUCGUAACCAUGU